AUGGCGGCGGGCAGGCGCGCCCCGCGCAGCGGGCUGCUGGAGCUUCGCGGCCCCGGCGGGCAGUGGCUCCGCGUCCUGCUCACCCUGACUGAAGACGUGCUGGGGGUGAGCCCGGCCGAUAGCCCCGGUCCCGGGGAAGCCCCGGCGGCGCAGCUGAACGGCGGCGAACCGGGCUCCGCCGUGCCCGAGGCGCUCGCCAACAUCAGGCGCACUGUGCGGGUGGUGAAGCAGGACGUUGGGGGGCUCGGCAUCAGCAUCAAAGGUGGCAGGGAGAAUAAAAUGCCCAUCUUGAUCUCCAAGAUAUUCAAGGGGCUGGCAGCGGAUCAGACCGAGGCGCUGUACGUGGGGGACGCCAUCCUCGCCGUCAAUGGCACCGACCUCUCCGAGGCGACGCACGACGAGGCCGUGCAGGCCUUGAAGAAGACAGGCAAGGAGGUGGUCUUGGAAGUGAAGUACAUGAAGGAGAUCUCACCCUACUUCAAGAACUCCUCCACGGGGGCGACAGUCAGCUGGGACCCCUCGCCCACGGCCCUGCAGAAGCGGUCAUCUCCCCUGCUGCCCCCUCGGGAGCUGCGGGAGAGCAAGACCCUGCCCCUCAAGAUGUGCUACGUGUCCCGCAAGUGCCUCCCCGCCGACCCGGAGCACAGGUACCUGGAGGUGUGCUCGGCGGACGGGCGCGUCGCCCUCUUCCUGCGGGCGAAGGACGAGGCGACGGCGCAGUCGUGGCUCGGUGCCAUCCAGGCCAACGCGGGCGCGCUGCUGCCGCGGGUGAAGGAGGAGCUGCGAGCCCAGCUGGCCGGUGCCAGCGGGGUGGCUGGAAGGGACGUCAAGCACGUGGGCUGGCUGACCGAGCAGCUCCCUAGUGCUGGCACCAGGAACCUCUUGGCCGUCCUGACCGAGAAGGAGCUGCUGCUGUACAGCAGCCUGCCGCAGAGCCGUGACGCCCUGGGCAAGCCCACGCACAGCUACCCCCUCAUUGCCACCAGGCUGGUGCACUCGGGGCCGGCCAAGGGCUCCGCGCUGUACGAGGCGGAGCUGUCGUUCGCGCUGCGCAGCGGCAGCCGGCUGGGCGUGCAGAGCCACCUCUUCAGCCUGGAGAGCCCCCGCGACCUGGCGCUGUGGACGCGACUGCUGGUGGACGGAACGCACGGAGCUGCCGAGCUGGUCCAGGAGGUUUCGGCAGCUUGCACGUGGAAGGGGCAGGACUGCACCCUGUCCAUCCACAUCGACAAGGGCUUCACGAUCUCCACCACCGAGCCUGGGCUCAGCAAGACCAUCCUGCUCCAACAGCCUUUCGAGAAGCUCCAGAUGUCCUCUGAUGAUGGCACCAAGAUGCUUUACCUGGACUUUGGUGGCCCAGAGGGAGAGAUUCAAUUGGACCUUCACUCUUGCCCCAAAACCAUCGUCUUCAUCAUCCACUCCUUCCUCUCGGCCAAGGUGACCCGGCUGGGGCUGCUGGCAUAAAGAAGGAGUGGAGCAUCGGGCAGAGCAGCCCCAGCCCCACCAAUCUAUGCACCUCCCUCCAGGCCAUCCCAGCCGUAAGCCAGCCCAAGGAGCCCGGAGCCCGUGUGGGGUCACACCACCCCCCACCAGGGAACAGCA